AUGCCGUACGAAAGCUAUCAUAAUGCCUUGUUCAAGGCCGCCGCCUCGGAAAUCACCAACGCCCUGGAUGAUUUCGAGAACAAUGAUGGCUGGACCCCAGGAAAGCAGGAUAAGAUCGCCAACUACAUGGGCCAAUUGAUUGCUGCCUGGGGCAAGAUUACAGAGAAAUCACUGGACGAUCUAUUCCGCGGCACUGAUGAGUCAAUUAAACUGCUGACGGAGCUCAUCUCUGACGGCAAGUUUGUUGAAGGCUCCGGGCAGUCCAUCGGACUACCCCCGACAAAUCCGGACGAACCGAAGGACACCGGAAGUGCUCUACAGGCAAACAUAGGCAAAGCGUUUUUUGCCUUCGCCAUUCCUUCCUCUGGUCCGUUUCCGGCAGGCGAUUAUCUGGACAAGGACACAAUGCUCCUGAUAAAGGCCUGCUACCACAACAAGCGCUACUAUCUUGCCACGCUGGAUAGGGACCCCUACACCUGCUUUGAGGGCGGUUGCCUCGAUAACGCAUUCUCUGCACUACCAGGUAAUGGUGAGAUGAAUGGCGGCGCCGCCGCCGACCCUGAGGAUGAGGCGACCCUUGAGGACCUCUAUAAUGACGACAUCACCACGCCAGGCUUCAUCCGCUUGCCAGUAUGUAGCGCCAAGAUUGCCUACUGUGCAUGGAACCAUGGCGACAGUCCGGAUACUGACGCCCCAAACUACCCGGGUGUGAUCUAUCCCGCGCCUGACCAUUGUGGCACCUUGAUGUUCGUCGACCAGACCAGUGAUGCCUCCCUGACUGUGUCCGACUGCAUGCAGAUCGUGAAGAACAUCCAGAACACGGAUGGCGACUGGGAGGUCGAGAACGCAAUCGGCAACCAGCACCAGCUCGUGCAGUUCGGCUCGUGCGCCUUCGGGGUCCAGGGUAAGGGGAAGAACGGGAACGUCGACUUCCACAUCGGCGCUCAGGACAUCGUUGAUAUCAUCACCGAUUUGGUCAACAAAUUUGGCGGGUCUGGGAAGGUUGGGGCGAAGGGGGAGAUGUCCUGCAAGGAAACGGUUAAGGGCCAGAAGGUGGAGUUGGGACUGUAUUAG